UUUACUAAAUCUAAUUAACUUUCACAAAAUUUAAACACAAAAGGUUUCCUUAACCUUCAAUUAUACUUAUUCUUCAACAACAACAUCACCAACCUCUCUGAUAAUUCACAUCUCACCAAUCCCAUUUCUUUUUUCAAAUCAAAACAAACCCACACACAAAAAAAUCCAUCUUAACUCUUUUAGAUCCAUGUCCAACAAUCAAAACCCCAAAUUUCCACUCCAAUUCUCAAAAACCCAAAUCUUUUUAAUUUUCAGACAUUAAUCUCUAAAUUAACAAAUGUUAGAAACAGCUCCUCUGGGUCGAUUCCAUUACCAAAAGCUGGAAUUGAAGAGAUGGGUACCGACAUUUUUGUCUUCUCAUAAGACCCUUUUCACCGUUUUGUGGAUCGCCGCCUUUGCUUCAGUGUUUGUGUGGCAGAGAAAUGUAGUUGGCGGUGGUUUCUCGGUGUUCUUUAAAGCGCCGCCGAUGAGGCCGAUGCCUAAGCUGAGACCGGUGGCGUUUAAUUUGAGUGAUUUUGGUGGGGUUGGUGAUGGUGUUACUUUGAAUACGGAGGCGUUUGAACGGGCUGUUAUGGCUAUUUCAAAGCUGGGUAAAAAAGGUGGUGGACAGUUGAAUGUGCCGCCUGGGAGAUGGCUUACUGCUCCUUUUAAUCUUACUAGUCAUAUGACUUUGUUUCUUGCUGAGGAUGCUGUUAUACUUGGAGUUCAGGAUGAGAAGUUUUGGCCUCUAAUGCCUCCAUUGCCUUCAUAUGGAUAUGGGAGAGAACAUCCUGGACCUCGUUAUGGGAGUUUAAUUCAUGGUCAAAAUCUCAAAGAUGUUGUUAUAACAGGACAUAAUGGUACCAUAGAUGGACAAGGUCAAACAUGGUGGAAAAAGUAUCGUCAAAAGCUUCUCAACCACACAAGGGGUCCGCUUGUUCAGAUAAUGUGGUCAAGUGACAUUUUGAUCACUAAUAUUACUUUGCGGGAUUCCCCAUUUUGGACACUCCAUCCAUAUGACUGCAAAAAUAUAACGAUCAGGAAUGUUACCAUUUUGGCUCCAGUAUUGAAAGCCCCAAACACUGAUGGCAUCGAUCCAGAUUCAUGUGAGGAUAUGGUGAUUGAAGACUGUUAUAUAAGUGUCGGGGAUGAUGGGGUUGCGAUAAAGAGUGGCUGGGAUCAAUACGGAAUUGCAUAUGGACGACCUUCAACAAAUAUUCUCAUCCGUAACCUUGUGGUUCGCUCUAUGGUCAGUGCUGGCGUAUCAAUCGGCAGUGAAAUGUCAGGCGGUGUGUCCAAUGUCACUGUGGAAAACCUCUACGUGUGGAGCUCAAGGCGUGCAGUUCGGAUCAAGACUGCCCCUGGAAGAGGCGGAUAUGUUCGACAAAUAACCUACAGGAAUCUAACAUUUGAUAAUGUUCGUGUUGGAAUUGUUAUCAAAACAGAUUACAACGAACACCCUGAUGAAGGUUAUGAUCCAAAGGCUGCCCCGAUACUUCGGGACAUAAGCUUCACCGGGGUCCAUGGUCAAGGUGUCCGUGUACCUGUGCGGAUACAUGGGAGUGAAGAAAUUCCAAUAAGAAACGUAACUUUUCAGGAUAUGUCGGUGGGAUUAACGUACAAGAAGAAGCACAUAUUCCAGUGCGCCUUUGUUCAAGGUCGUGUAAUAGGUACUAUCUUUCCUUCCCCAUGUGAAAACCUUGAUCGGUAUGAUGAGCAAGGACGGCUCAUUAAGCGAUCUGUCUCCCAAAAUUUGACGGAUAUAGAUUAUGAUUUUUGACAAAUAUACCGAUCCUCCGUGACUUCUCCUGGUGUCUCUAUGAUAUAAGCUGGGUGAAUCACCUUUGAGCAGUUAAUGUAGUUGUUAUGUUUCCUUUUAUUCGCUCCAUGCUGUCAUAGAGUUCUUUUGUUUCUUGACAAAGAGUUGUACAUACAGAAAAUUCUCAGGUUUUUCAUUGGCAGAUUCCACUUUCUUUA